AUGGCGAAUGCCGAAGUGAGCGUCCCUGUGGGUGAUGUGGUGGUUGUACCAAGUGACGGAAACGAAGGGGAGAACCCGGAGGAUACCAAAACCCAAGUGAUCUUGCAGCUCCAGCCGGUGCAGCAAGGUUUCUUUAUCGAUGGACGCUUUCACGACAGGAUUUACCAAGAGGGCUCGGAGGCCAGCGCCGCCGUAGUGGCCGGGGAAACCCACACCAUCCACAAGCUAGAAGAAGGGAUCGACCCCAGCACCAUUGAAACGAACGAGGAAAUCGAGAUCGCCUAUCCCAUCACCUGCGGGGAGAGCAAAGCCAUCCUGCUCUGGAAGAAGUUCGUCUGUCCAGGAAUUAAUGUCAAGUGUGUAAAGUUCAAUGACCAACUGAUCAGCCCGAAGCAUUUUGUUCACCUGGCUGGGAAGUCUACCCUAAAGGACUGGAAGAGAGCCAUUCGCCUCGGGGGAAUCAUGCUGAGGAAGAUGAUGGACUCGGGGCAGAUCGACUUCUACCAGCACGACAAAGUUUGCACCAACACCUGUCGAAGCACCAAGUUCGAUCUCCUGAUCAGCAGUGCCAGAGCACCGGUGCCAGGGCAGCAGAGCGUGGUGCAGACUCCUACAUCAGCUGAUGGGAGCAUCACCCAGAUUGCGCUGUCGGAGGAGAGCAUGGAGGAGGGGAUCGAGUGGAACUCAGCUCUGACAGCUGCCGUCACCAUGGCCACUGAGGAAGGCAUGAAAAAGGACACGGAUGAGAUCUCGGAGGACACGCUGAUGUUCUGGAAAGGAAUAGCUGAUGUGGGGCUGAUGGAAGAGGUCGUAUGCAACAUCCAGAAGGAGAUAGAAGAAGUCCUAAGAGGCGUUCAGCAGAGGUUGGGUCAGUCUCCCUUCCAGAUGACAGAUGCUGCGGUCUUGAACAACGUUGCCCACACGUUUGGGCUGAUGGACACAGUCAAGAAGGUUCUGGACAACAGGAAAAACCAGACGGAGCAAGGAGAGGAGCAGUUCCUUUACACCCUGGCAGACCUGGAGCGGCAGCUGGAAGAGCAGAAGAAACUGGCCAAGGAUCAGAAGGCGAAGUCCCAAACCAUCCAGAACGUGGUGCUGAUGCCCGUCAGCGCUCCCAAGCCCCCCAAGAGACCCCGCCUGCAGCGCCCGGCCUCCGCCACCGUCCUCAGCCCCUCCACCCCCAUCCAGCAGCCGCAGUUCACCGUCAUCUCGCCCAUCGCUAUCGCGCCCGUCGGACAGCAGUUCUCCGUGGGCAACAUCCCGGUGGCAACCAUUAGCCAAGGCUCCAGCCCGGUGACUGUUCAUACCUUGCCGUCCGGCUCCCAG